AUGUCGAAUGUUGAAGAGAAAAACCUUGAUGACGGCGGAUCUGCAACUGAGAAUUUAAAGAUGAAACGACAGAGCACAAUCGAGUUGGCAAGUAUUCAUGAGAGUGAGGAUUCGAUUUCUGAUUUGAGGGAAAUACUGGCUCACACUGAAACAACUCCAUUCCCUUCUCAAGCCUCAACUCCCACUAGGCCUGGGUUGCCAACAAGAUUCGAGCGAAUGGCAAGUCAAAUGACAUGCCCUAUUAUUGCAGAAGAAUCAAGCGAUAGAUACGGCACCGAACCAGACCGUCCACUAAGCCGGUGUCUUUCGGAGAUUCGUCCGGCUCCUCCGCCGAAUCCUCAACAUCAUCCAACCCGUCGUUUCUCACUAUUUCGACGUCCUUCUUCACGAAGCACUGUGGAUCGCAGGGCAUCGUGUGAUUUCACAUCUGCCUGGCUGAAGACUUCAAAUUUUGAUCUACGAGAAGCUGGAGGACAACAAGAAUCAGACAAUCAACCGGUCGAAGAACAAGAAACAAUGGGAAUACCAACGCAAAAUGAGGCACUGGACCACGUACGAUUCUCCGAACACAUCGAACGACCGGUACAACUAACACGAAUCGAUUCGAACUAUUCGAUUAGCGAAAACGACAGUGAGAACGGAUCGACGACAGAUAUUGACAAGACGCCCGAAUCGGCGGAGACCACCUGGAUGAGGGACAAAAUAGCAAAAACAUCUCUACUCACAGCAUGUACCGUAUUCUAUGCAUUAUUCUUGACAAUAUUCUCAUUAGUUUUGGAGUUGGCACACUUACUGAAUGAUGAAGAAUCAAGAAAACUGAAUAAGAAAGAUAUUAUUUUCGGAUUGUACAUGUACGGUGGCUCACUUGUUUUCUUUUUCUACAUGUAUAUUGUUCUACUUCUUAAUCCGAGGUGGUAUUCGACUAUGGACUACUUGAGGAAAAUGUUCGGAGUCUGCUUAACCAGGCCUAAAGUGAGCCCAUCUUCGGACUCACUAAGUUCUGCAGCGGCUACAGUAAGAAAAGUGACACAUAGUAGUCCAUCAGCUGGAAGUCUCUUUUUGAGAUUAGGAUCUGUUGUAUUCGGUGUAACUGGUGUUGUCUACUACGCUUUCCUUGUCUUCCUGUGUGACCUUGAUCCCACCUGUUCUGGUCUGUCGAUCUCCCUCGAUAUCUGUGCAAUUUUAUUCAUUUUUAUCCAAAUGCAUUUCAUAUUUUGCAACUGGAAACUGUCGAUCACUGGGUCUCAUAUGGUGGCGAGAAUUGGGACAAUGCAUUUGGUGGCGGCUAAUUUGUGGACAUGGAUUCGAUAUGUAUUGAUGGAAGAGGGAGUUAUGGAGAAGGAGAUCAGAGAAGUGUUUAAACAUCGUCCUGUCGUUCAAAACCAGAGCCACUCAUCGGAACUUUCUGCUGAGAAUUCCAAGGACCUGUUUUCGGAAAGUUCGAGAGAAGAUGAUCACGACAUGAAAAUGGGUCAAGGGAGCUGUCAAGCUGUGGAGUGUUUCUUAGGAAGUCUUUCUGAAAUUAUGUUCACUUCUAUUGUCGAGUACUCUCUGAUUGCAGCUGCUGUAAUGUAUAUUGUAUGGAGGAAUAUAGGUCGACAAGACCAUGGCUCCACCUACGUUAAAAGAAAGCAUCAAAUCCGUGUGGACUGCUCAAAAACCACGACUGGACUGUUUCUGGGACUAGCUUUUCUAGCGGUUACAUUCACUUCGAUGGUGGUUUAUUAUGGAUUCACAAUGAUGCAUAGGUCAGAGAAGGCCGCGUAUGUCUAUGCGUUUACGGAUAUGUUUCAGUAUGUCCUGUCCACGAUUGGAGUUCUCACUGCAAUAUAUCAAAUGCGUGCUUUGAAAUAUUUUAACAAGAAGACGCAUAUUCAGAAUUCUGAUCAAGAACUUCUAGAUCAGAUUCUAUUAUCGAUUGGUCUAGUCGGUGAGCUCAUAUAUUCUGUGGCUGGUUUAGUUGGACUAACCGGAGACAAGGCGUGGAACUCCUUCUCGUUCAUUUUAUUAUUCGUGCAUAUUUUUAGAUUGAUUCAGGUCGGUACCCAAACAUUCCUGUUACACGUGGCAAGAAGUGUUCGAAUGGGUGGAGAGGAUAGGGAGGCACAACCAGGAAAACAGGCGAUCACUUUCCUUUUGACAGCGAAUCUCGCGAUAUUCUUCAUGAAUUUGUUUGAAAGUGAAAAAGCUGGAGUCUCGGAGGUUAUUAUAGAAUACUAUGGAAAACGAUCAUGGGUGUUUCUUGUUCGAAGUUUCUCCCCGUUGACAAUAUUCUAUCGGUUUCAUAGUUCAGUUUGUUUUGCGGAGAUCUGGAAGAAUGUCUACGCUGCGAAAACUCAUCCGGUGCAUAAUACAGCCACGUCUACAGCGACUCCGAUUAAUAUUUAG